GUCAUAUAAUAUAUUUAAAGCAAUUAGAAUAUUCAAUGCACUGCACGUAAAAGAAAAAACCAUUUUUUUAAUUGCAUAAUGAUGGUGCGCAGGCGUCAACACGUCAAAAUAAUAUAAAAAGAAAAUGUGCUCGGAGGCAUAAUAUUUAGUUAAAAGAUGAGGUCGGCCGAAUUACUUGUACUUGUGAGUGCCUUGUUCUUACUUGCCGAAAGCAGCAUGGUAGGCAAAGAUGUCUGGCUUCGUCCUGGAUGCCACAAAGUUGGAAACACUAGAAAGAUUUCUAUUCCCGAUUGUGUUGAGUUUACCAUUACGACAAAUGCGUGUCGCGGAUUUUGCGAAUCAUACUCAGUGCCCUCAAUCCCUUUGGCGGGAGUGUCAUUAGCUGGUUUGUUUAAGCCACCAAAACCAGUCGUGAGUGUUGGGCAAUGCUGUAACAUGAUGAAGUCCGAGGAGAUACAACGUCGUGUCUUGUGUAUUGAGGGAAUUCGUAGCGUUACAUUUAAAAGUGCCGUAUCAUGCAGCUGCUAUCAUUGUAAAAAAGACUAAAAAUAAGAUGAAUUUAUAAUAAUGAAGUGUACCACUUAUUAAAUUUUAUUUAUAAUAAUACUUUUUUUUAUUAAACUUGGUAUACAAUACACUUAUAAACAUA